CGUUCUGAAGUGUGGUUGGCGUCAAAGUGCACGUACACCACACGGAGUUAUAUGUUUGGGACAUUCAAACGCUCGAUCUGAAAUGAGAAUGAACUUUAGUUCCUUUCAAUUUGUUCAACAUUAAGGAAACCAUGCUUUUACCGUUAUUUCGUGCAGCUGUUCGUGAUAUUAGUGUUACUGGAAAGAGAAGAAUUUCAACCACUACUACUGCUGCUAUUCAACAAGGGUUCGGUAAGAUAACCAAGUUUGCAUCACGACAUUAUGGUCAUAAGCACCCUGAGACAGAAUUUGAUUCUGAUUCUGAUUCCAGAAACCACCAUCAGAGAGAAAAGGGAAAAAGCGAGUUUUGGCUUCGCAAGAUGAGGACUUUUCAUGGUGUAAUUGACGUCAAUAAGGAUGGCAUUGUAUCCUAUGAUGAUUUUCUCAUUCUGGCAAAGAGAUUUGUUACCCUGGGACAUUUAUCAGAAAAUCAAGAAAGGGAGUUUCAAGAGAUCCUAAAGGAAGUGUGGGAAAAACAGUGGGGUGCCCCAGAUUGCUAUAAUUUGGUGAAAACUGAGCAAUACCUGGAGAACAUGCAACAUGUUCUCAGUGAUCCAUCUCUCAAGAGGAAAGUUCAUAAUUUCCUGCCCUACUUGUUCAAGGCUGUGGAUAGAGACAAGGAUGGAGUAAUAUCAGUGGAAGAGUUCAAACUGUUCUUUGAAUGUCUCGGACUGGAGGAAAAGGAUGCAGUUCACAGUUUUACAACAAUUGAUAUCAAUAAAGAUGGGUGCUUGAGCCUAGAAGAGUUUGUGAAGCUUGGCCAAGAAUUUUUCCUGACAGAAGAUCAACAUAAACCCAGCAAAGUGUUCUGGGGUCCACUCAUAAAUCCGUAAAGGAUAUGGGGGACGCUAAAACUACAAAAAUUCUCAAGCAUAUCAUAUUUCAUACGAUACCCUUAAGCCAUGUAAAUAAUUCAUUAAUUUGCCAUUUUGUAUUUUUAAAUAUAAUUCUUACUGUCUGCAUUUUUCAAUGUAACACAAAAUUAAUCAUUUCAUCCUUGGAUGUUUUUAAUAAAUUAAAACAAAUAUUACAAAUGCCUUUUAUUUAAACAGUGUACUUAUAUAAAAGAUCUAUAGUUAGUCUAGUUUCCUUCUUAAGGAAAAAAGUGGGCUUCUGAGAUGAUCAUGCAGUCUAUGUGCUUCCCUUUUUAACUCAGCUGACUAGUUUUCACAAAACUUAUUAUGAUGUCAUAUGACUGUGUGAGUAUGCCACUCCACUUCAAUGUUCUACUGUUAAACUUCCUACAAUAUCAAUAAUGUUGAUGUACACACUUGUGAUGCAACAGUCUCACUAGCACUACGGAAAUGAUGUGUGGUAAUAGAUUUUAAAAAAAUAUUCAACUUCUGUUAAGGUAACUUUAACUUUCUCAUAUAUGCAGUGUAUACAAGCAAUAGUGACAGUGAACGGACUGAUCUCCAGAUUUUGAUCACCCCUGAAUCUGAAAUUGUAAUACAUAUAGGCAGAUACUGUAAUGGUGAAGAAACUUAACACUCAGAUUUUUAUAUCCACGUUUUUGGCACCCAUGAAUACGAAACAGCUGUUUUUGUAACACAGCCUCUGUGUCUGUACAGAUGUGCCCCUCACUAGCAUCUGAACACCUGAUUGGAUUUUAUUCAUUUUUGAUAUAUAAGAUUUUAUCCAGCCAAAGUUUGUAUCUGGUGAAUAUGAACAUUCUAGCUCCAACAAUAGGGCGACUUUGAACAGGCUCCAAACACACCAUGGCAAUUCUCUAAAAAAAAUGGCUCUUAGAUGUCUGAUUAAAUUUUAGCAAUCUAUGGAGAACAGCGCCCUAAGUAAAACUGCAUAGGUGGUUAUCAUACACACAUAAGGGGCCAAAAUGGUUAUGCAGGGUGAGCCAGAAAUACCUGAUGGUUUUUGAAAUGUAAUUACCAUCCUUCCCACUAAGCAAUGCUUCCAUACUAACAGUUGUCAUGCAGUGUUCUUUGAGUUUAGGUGAGAUAUAGCGUUGGUCAAUGUAACACUGCAUUGUGGGUGUGGAACUGUCUAUCAGAACAGUCAGUUAUGGUUGUACAGCAUGAUUUUCAACAACAGUUUCAAACACAUGAUGCACCUAGCUUAAAUACUCCACUGUUGUCGGCACUGACAUGGUGUCAAGAAUGAUCAACGAAAGACAGUGAAUGUCAAGAUUUUCAUGUUCGUUGCAUGUACCCGAUAAUCUGGAGUAAGUAAGAGAAACCAUGUUGUGAAGUCUCCUCAGGUCAGCUCAGUGUCAAGCACUCAUGCUUGGUUUGAAGGACAACAUUCAGUGAAUUUAGCACAAAGAUUAGCAUUAACAUGCCUACAAAAUCCAACUUGCCCAGGAACAUAGUGAACAGGAAAGGCGAAUCAACUCCAGUUUUUCAAUCAAUUCUUGGACUGAUGAACAACAACGACAGGACUGUGAACUCAUCACUGAUUUCAGAUGAGGCCCACUUCCACAUGUCUGGUUAUGUGAACAAACAAAGCUGCCAAUUUUGGGCUGCAAACAACCCACAUGAACUUCUUCAGUGCCCUAUGCAUAAUGCAAAAGUGAAAUGUGGUGCGCAGUUUCUUCUGGUGGCAUUACUGAACCCUGUUUCUUUGAUGACAAGGAGGGAAGAAAUGUAACAGUCAAUGCUGAGUGGUACAUGGCACUGAUGAAAACAAUUCUGCAAAACAAGUUCAAUUUCUGUCAGCUUAAUUAACUGUGGUUUUAACAAGAUGAAGCAACAGCUCACUCAGUAUGGCUUUCCAUGGCUGUUCACGGGUAGCGGUUUCCAGCUAAACUUAUUUCUCAUGUUGGGGACAACUACUUGCCUGAUUUUUCAGCACCAGAUUACUUUAUGUCAUGCUACGUCAAGAGAAUGAUGUACCAGACUGCAGGACUAUGCUGAACAACAACAAGGUCACUCCGAAGGUGUUGUAUUCAAAGACUAAUGUGUAUUUCAUGCACAUCAUGAUGCUACAGAACCUGUAGAUACUUACAUACCAUUACAUAAGACUGCAUCAUUAACAAUAAUGACCUAUAAAAACUAUAAAUAUUAUUUAACAUGGGAACACCUGAAGCAAAGAAACCACUUCGGUGACAUGGGAGGACAAUAUUAAAAGAUAUAUUGAAUAUAGUACAAGGAUAAGUACUGUGUUCAUCUAGUUUGUGUGAAUACAGUAAUAAACUUUCAGCUUUCAGAAAAUAUGGAAAUUUCUUGACUAAAUGUAUGAUUAUUAACUUCUUACAUCUGAGUUAGCAUCCAUUCUUUAUCUUCCAUCAACAUUGCAACACUUUUACAUUCUACAC